AUGGCCACCAUCGAACCUCGCCUCAUUCAUUUGUUAAACGAAUCUACUUCCACACCUCAGCUUCACCAUGCUGACCUUCCUCCGCUGCACGCUUUACCGCUGCCCACCUCAACGGAGCGACCUCUCCCUCCCAUUGAGCUUGAUGCUGCUCACCGGUCUGACCGGCCUAGUGGCACCUCGGCAUAUCCACUUCGCAUGUUGCUUGGAGAUCACGAAGCCGCGGAACCGCAACAUAGCCGCUCUAAACACAUCAACGAUUUGAGCGAUGCCUCCGAUGAUGCAUACAGCAAGAAGCGCGGACGAAAUAUCCACCGCAAGGAUGACUUUGUCCAGCUGCCGCAGCCCAUGAAACGGCAGAAGUCGGCGCAACAAGCUCCGGCUAUGCCACCUAUUAUCAAUGGCUUGCUUGAACCGCCUACCCAUCCUGCUCUGUUUCCGCCUAUUAUGUCAAAUUCAUACAAUGAGAAUGAUGCCGGCCAGAUCCGACUUCUCAACGAAUAUGCUGCCCAUGGAGCUGUGGAAGACCGUUCCAGACGAUCUCCAGAACUUGACAAAUCUGGCAAGAGUAGAAAGCGAGCUGCAAAGCCCCGCAGGAAGUGGUCCGAAGAAGAGACAAAGCACUUGCUCUUGGGCGUCAAUCGCCAUGGCGUUGGCAAGUGGACUAGUAUUCUGGAUGACCCAGACUUCACCUUCAACGACCGAACGGCCGGCGACUUAAAAGAUCGAUUCAGAACCUGCUGUCCUGAGGAGCUACGAGGCUCAAGCAAGUCCUCCUCGCAGGCUGGCUCCCCACGUGCAGCAUCCCAAGAUCUUGGGCGUCGAGCCAAGUCAGGCAUUCAUUCUGAAAACAUUCUCAUUGAGGACUCGCCUUCCCCCAGGGAGGCAGGCGAGUCUGACUCCACCCCCAAGCCUAGGAAGAGCCGAGCUCACCGCAAGAAGCUUGAGGAUCUGGCUGAACUGGGUAUUCACGGACCGUUCAAGAAGUCACAUAGACGUGAACGACGCCCCUUUACGGAACAGGAUGACCGAGAGAUCCUUGAAGGACUCGACAUCUAUGGCCCUGCCUGGACCAAGAUCCAGCGGGAUGCUCGUUUCAAUUUGUCCAGCAGGCAACCAACAGAUUUGAGGGACCGCGUCCGUAACAAAUACCCCGUCAUAUACCAACGCAUUGAGAAGGGUACCUUUGGCGCAAAAGAUGGCGCUCGAGGCAGCAACACUCUUGAACCGUCUGUCAAUAUGUCUAUUGACGGCUCGCUGAAACGUUCCAAGGGAUCAUCAAAAGUCCCUCGCUCCAGCCACAACAGCAACUCCAAGGAAGAUUUACCAACUUGGCCGUUGCACAUGGUGGACUCGUCGAGCUAUUCUCAGCCGCAACCGGGCUUUGACUUUGGUGAGGCCAGUGGAUCACAUUUCAUGGGUGGUGAGAUGGACAUCUCCAGACUGCUGCUCGAUGAUUCCAGGAUGAAUCAAGCACCUGCCCGACACGGUGGAGAUUACUCUCCUGGUUCUUCAUCACCUCCGGGAUACAUUACAGAACCACGCCGUGAUAGGCAGGGCAACUACUCCAUCAAGUGUUAG